CCGUCGCCAUUUUUCGGUCUCGUACUCGCACUUCUGGUGGCUCGGCUGAGGGGGGGGGACGAGCACAAACGAGGGAACGCAUAAAAUACCGAAUCGUUGAGGAGGGGACCCCUCGUGAGCAGCCGGGAACGCACGCCGGAGCCGCUGCGCAGCGUUUUGUCCCCAAAGAGAUGCACGCGCCGGACCCGAGCCGUUGCCGCGAGACAAUUUUUUGUGUGAAGACGUGUUGCGGGCCGCCAUUUUUUUCCGCUGCCGCUGCCUCCAAAGUCUGCUCUCGCUCAAGAAAGGGAUUCAAAAAGCGUUUAUCCCUCACGCGUGAGAUAUAAGAAGACCGCAAGUGAUCGUUCCCGACCCGCAGCUACUGGCUACGUUUGGCAGACGUGAGUGGGAUGUGAGAUGAAAAACUGAGGCCACCUUUUCCGUUCUCAUAACUGACACACAGUGAGUGGAGGAGAUACAUUUAUUAGAAGAGGAGCCUGGUGUUUUCUCGGAAGGCGGAACGAAAAGGGGAAGCUUCCUUGAUCAUUUGUUUCUUUGGCCUCCGUCGAAGUCUGUACAAGUUUUUUUUGUUUAUUUCUUCUGUUCUAUUUUGGUCGCUUCAGCCAUUGCCUGCGGAUCACAGGAACCACAUUAUGCUCCAAAGUUGGCUCCAACCAGUCGCAGCCUGUUUCUGAAAACGUCAGGUUGUUGUUUUGUUGUUGUUAUUAGUUGGUUCCCCCCGGUGCCUGCGUCGUUUGUGUAAGAAAACAGUCCAAAUCCUAAACAGGGCGACAAACGCCCUGCCCUGCAUCUUCCAAACCUCGCUAUUUGCUGUGAUUGGCCAAUCCCAGCACGCAUUCACGUUUUAAAUUAUUGUAUAGUCUGCUUUGUAGUUUUUUUCUUGUUAUUGGACUGAUAUUAACUUAUUUUUGAUUAGAAAAUGUCUGCUCGGUUCGAUUCGUCCGAUCGAUCCGCCUGGUAUUUUGGACCAGUGUCACGACAGGAGGCACAGAAUAGGUUACAAGGACAGAGACAUGGUAUGUUCCUGGUUCGGGACUCGUCGACUUGUCCAGGCGACUAUGUGCUUUCAGUGUCUGAAAACUCCAAAGUGUCCCAUUAUAUAAUCAACUCCUUACCCAGCAAGAGGUUCAAGAUAGGCGACCAGGAGUUUGAACACCUCUCAGCUCUACUGGAGUUCUACAAAAUCCAUUACCUGGACACCACGACUCUAAUAGAGCCAGCACCCAGGUACCCAAGCACAGGGAUUGGUCCCAUCCAGCCCAUGGGUGGCCCAGAGGAGAACGUGGAGUAUGUGCGGACUCUAUACGACUUCACAGGCAGUGAUGCAGAGGACCUUCCCUUCAAGAAGGGGGAGAUUCUCAUCAUCCUGGAGAAGCCAGAGGAGCAGUGGUGGAGUGCCAAGAGUAAAGAAGGGCGUGUGGGCAUGAUCCCUGUCCCCUAUGUGGAGAAAGUGGUACGACCUUCACCUCACUCUGGUCAGCCAUCCCACGGGUCUCGUAAUUCCAACAGCUAUGGGAUCCCAGAGCCUUCUCAUGCCCUCGUCCAUGCAUAUGCUCAGCCCCAGACGCCUUCACCAUUGCCCCCUGGUACACCUGGAGCCGUUAUCGCUCCUCUGCCGUCCAUGCAGAACGGCCCGGUCAUGGCAAAGGCCAUUCAGAGACGAGUGCCGUGUGCCUAUGAUAAAACAGCUCUUGCUCUAGAGGUUGGCGACAUCGUCAAGGUUACACGGAUGAACAUAAGCGGUCAGUGGGAGGGAGAGGUGAAUGGACGAAGGGGCCUUUUCCCAUUCACGCACGUCAAAAUCAUAGACCCGCAGAAUCCCGACGAGAGUGACUGACCCUCCACUGGAACCUCUUGUCCGGUGUCGAUGUGUAAACCCAACUCUGCCGUGUCACCAUGGUUACGUGCUUGCUUGCUGUGGGGGUGGGGGCUGCCGUGAUCGCCUCAAAUCCCUCUCGUUGCCAACCGUUGCAAGGCUUUCGGACUGUUUACAGUUUUUUGGACUUUGGAUCCAAACUAAAAAAACCUGACCACCCUCCCCCCCCCACUUCUCACGGUCCCCUUUCCCAGGUCUUGUUCCAAGCUGGGCAGUGUUUUUUGCAUUAGUGUCCUUUUCAUUUCCAAAUCACUGGGCAUCAGUGUGUGUGUGUGAGCGAGUGUGUGUGUGUGUGUUUAAGUACAAGUGCAUGUGAGUUAGGUCUGUGUUCACGAUAGAUAUUUACCACAUCAGUCUGUUUUUUUUUAAAUUUGAUUUUGAGUAUUUGUUAUGUUUAAAAGUCUUGGGGACUUUUAGAAAGUGUUGGUGUGCAUUUGUUUAGUUGACAGGAGGACAUUUUGUAUGAAGUAGGGAAAACUUGAGUUGUCCCUAGUGACAGGGGAGAGAGCACUGAGGCUAAGGCGCCAACAGCCAGUCGAGUCAUUUCUCCAAACAAUCAACAAGUCACUUUUUGUACCUUUUAACGUCACACAUUCACACACCUUUUGUCCAUGAGGAUUUCAUUUUGACAGUUCCUUGGUGUAUGUGUGUGUGUGUGUGUGUGUGUGUGAUUGGAGUUGGAAAACCAUGGUUGUAACCUUCUAAAUCCCUUAGUCACAUCUAACCUGGAGCAAGUCUGGCUGACAAGACUUAUUUAUCUUUUGUGUAAUAAGACACGAUGCAGCAGCCACAUGUGGUUCCAUCUCCUUAUUUGUGCCAUGUGAUCAACAAUAAUUUUGUGUGUUUUAUUUUGUUUUUAUUUUUCCGAUUUCGAAAAGAUGCAUAGUGGGGUGGUGAUUUCUUUAUUUUUUAUUUUUUUGCAUGUCCACUCGUUACCCCCCCUUUACUUUUCUUCUUCUAGUUUUAUUUGGAACUAAAAAAAGGACAUUUGCAGGUUUUUAGUGCCAACAAGCACUGGGAGAUAAAUAUACGUCGUCGUUGCAAUUGAGCGCCGAGCUUUAAACAGCUAGCUUAAAAAAAACACACACAGCGUGGACACUUGGACUAAAGGCUUUACUGGGGGGUGAGACGCUCCACUAUCAGUGGCGCAGGUCAGGAAAGGAGAAAUAGUCUCAGCAAGCCAAUGAGAUCCCAUUAAUGCCUUUGUUGAGAAAGUACGAUGAAUGCAUCUUUUAGUGCAUGCAGUCCUCUCUAACCUUCCGUCGAUGACAGUUAGGCCUUUUCGAAACUGCUUUAUCCCGGUCUGUGCACAAUUUCUGGCUCUCUUUUAUGCAAACUUGACUCCUGUCUGGAGUCGAGGAAAGUGUCUUUGUUCAUAUUGUGCUGCGAAUCAAUUCAGUUUGGGCUGAGAGUGAAAGCAUUGUGAACAUAAUUGCUGAUCCCUUUCAUCUCUGCUGUAUUUAAAAGAAUAACUUUUUGUGCCCCCCACCCCGGCUCUGUUAAAAAUCAUCGCUCAGCCACGUUCACUUCCGAGUAAUAUUGUGCAGCUUUUUAGUUGGAUCAGUUUGUUUUUUUUAGUUUUGUCAAGAUUCUAGUCAGGCUAUGAAAUCAUGCAUAAAUUAAAAUGAGUGAUAUUAUUAAACAAAAGUACCUAAAGUGACAUUUACAAAAGGGAAAAAUGCCUGCUGGUUGCCUCUGUGCAUGACCUCUUGGCUGGGUACAUGGUUCUGCCCGGCCAAAUGCUGCUUAAUGUCAUUUAUUUCCUUAUUAUUAAAGAAAAGUUUCUCUGAUUUUUAACCCCCUCCCAGUCUGGGCAAAACAAAACCCACGUGGGUUUUUCCUCAUCAGACAUUAAUGACAUCUACUAAUUAAGCAAUACACCCCGAUUAGCUUCCUUCUUGAGGUGAACUUGCUUUUCUCGUGCUUCUGAGUUGUUUUGUAAUGGCAUUAACAGUAUUACUGUGCUCUUUUCUCCAUACUCUAGGAAAGCCUGUCUUUACUUAAGAAUUGAAAAUUGUGCCUUUUAUUUUCUUAAUACCAUUUACAUGUGUUAAUAUUUCCCAUGGUUAACACCUGUGCUGGUAUCGACCCUUUAUGUACAGAACAAGUAAAUAAAAUUUACGUCUACUUCUUUAA